AUGUCUCUCUCAGAUCGAGAACUAUUCGCCAUAUCGACGACGGAGCGCAUCUGUUCAGUCAUCUCUCUCGCCGGAGCUAGUAUUAUAGUUGUCUCAUUCCUCUCAUCAAGCUCUUUUCGCAAGCCCAUCAAUCGCCUGGUCUUCUAUGCAUCAUGGGGGAAUAUCAUGGCGAAUGUGGGAACGCUGAUAUCUCAGUCGGGCAUCUCCUCUGGGACGGGCAGCCGCCUUUGUCAAUUCCAAGGGUUUCUGAUCCAAUGGUUCCUGCCGGCGGAUGCUCUAUGGAUUCUUGCCAUGGCAUGUAACGUGUACCUGACGUUCUUCCACAAAUACGACUCAGAUCAGCUGAGACGGCUGGAGUGGAAGUACCUGGUGCUAUGCUAUGGCCUGCCGUUUAUUCCAGCGUUUGUAUACUUCUUCGUAGAGACUGAAUCCCGAGGUAAAGUCUACGGUUCGGCCAUUCUGUGGUGCUGGGUAUCACUACCCUGGGACUUCUUGCGCAUUGCCAUUUUCUAUGGCCCGGUCUGGUUCGUCAUCUUCUUGACGUUUGCCAUCUACCUGCGUGCUGGCAAAUUGAUUUUCAAGAAACGACAGCAGCUCAAGGAGGCGAGGUAUUCGGACAUUUUUGCGGAAGCCAACACUCCUGUUAGCCCUGCGUUCAUCAGGACGACGGAAAUACACAUCACAAGCGAGAUAGCAUAUUCGGGAGGCGAGUCCAGUCGACUGGCCGCUGUCACUGCCAGUCUUAUACCGCAUCAGUAUCUCAGUCCAUAUACUCCGUACUCCGUCACCAUCGAGGCUGGUGGUGUCUCUGGCCAAUUAAAUGACGUUCCCAUGCAAGGACUGCAGAAGGGGCAGCAAGACUCAUACGCGCAACGUCACGCAAUGGACGUGAAUCUGGCAGCGUGGGCUUACACGAAAUACGCAAUGUUCUUCUUCAUUGCACUGCUCAUCACAUGGGUUCCCUCCACAGUCAACCGGUUGUAUGCGCUGGUCUAUCCGGACGACUUCAACUUCGGUAUGAAUUACGCAUCGGGUUUCGUCCUUCCCCUCCAGGGAUUUUGGAACAGCAUCAUCUAUAUAUCAAUCUCAUGGCCCGCUUUUAAAUCGAGCUUCGCAAGGUUUAGAUCAAGGAACUCGGCAUGUGACAAUCCAUCACAGCAGAGCAGAACCAGACAAGGCGUCGGUGUUCGGCGGUUUAAUUCUCACGGGAAUGAUAGCACGCGGGGACUAACGAGAUAG